AGGAGAGGAGAUGAGAAACGGGGCGAUUUCGCUGAGAGCAGCAGUUACUUCCCUCCCUCCCUCCAGCAGCGUUUGCAGCACAUUUAUCAGGAACCGUGUGAGCGCCGCCACGGCAAAUCCGGAGCGCUCAACUUCAUUCAGAAGUCUUUCGCUGAGCGCCUUCAAAUCUGGAUCAAAAAGUCGCCUUUGUCCUGGCGUAUUUUGCAUUUUCGCCAUUUUUAAUGUUCGCCAGAGCGAUCGGAGCCUGGCAUCAUGGGUUUGCUGUUACCAGCCAAUGUGCUGAAGUGAGCUGGACCCUCCCUCCACUGUAAACUCUUCCCCUCCCCCAGGGGUUUAACCCCUCCUCCCAGCCAAAGGGGGACCAGCGGCCAUGGCGGGCAUAAAGCGCGGCUACGAUGGCAAGAUCGCCGGACUCUACGACCUGGACAAGACGCUGGGCCGCGGGCACUUCGCCGUGGUCAAACUGGCACGCCAUGUUUUCACUGGGGAGAAAGUAGCAGUGAAGGUCAUAGACAAGACCAAGCUUGACACGGUUGCCACUGGUCACCUGUUUCAGGAGGUCCGCUGCAUGAAACUGGUGCAGCACCCCAACAUUGUGCGGCUGUAUGAAGUCAUCGACACGCAGACCAAGCUCUACCUGAUCCUGGAACUGGGGGACGGAGGGGACAUGUUUGACUACAUCAUGAAACAUGAGGAGGGUCUGAACGAGGAGCUGGCUAAGAAAUACUUUGCUCAGAUCGUUCAUGCUAUCUCUUACUGUCACCGACUGCAUGUGGUGCACCGUGACCUGAAGCCUGAGAAUGUGGUGUUCUUUGAGAAGCAGGGCUUGGUCAAGCUGACGGACUUUGGCUUUAGCAAUAAGUUUCAGCCAGGGAAGAAGCUGACGACCAGCUGCGGCUCGUUGGCCUACUCUGCUCCGGAGAUUCUGCUGGGGGAUGAGUAUGACGCACCUGCAGUUGAUAUCUGGAGCCUAGGAGUGAUCCUCUUCAUGCUGGUUUGCGGACAGCCUCCUUUCCAAGAGGCCAAUGACAGUGAAACCCUCACCAUGAUUAUGGACUGUAAAUACACUGUACCAACCCAUGUCUCCAAUGCCUGCAAAGAUCUGAUAAACCGGAUGCUGCAGAGAGACCCAAAACGCCGAGCCUCACUGGAGGAGAUCGAGAGUCACCCCUGGCUGCAAGGCGUGGACCCUUCCCCAGCUACAAAGUUCAGCACACCCCUCGUGUCCCACAAGAACCUGUCUGAGGAAGAACACAACAGCAUCAUCCAGCGCAUGGUGCUGGGAGACAUCGCAGACCGGGAAACCAUCAUAGAAGCCCUGGAGACUAACAAGUACAACCACAUCACGGCUACCUACUUUCUGCUGGCAGAGAGGAUCCUACGGGAAAAGCAGGAGAAGGAGGUGCAGCCACGGUCCUCCAGCCCGAGCAACAUCAAGGCCCAUUUCAGGCAAUCCUGGCCAACUAAAAUCGACAUGCACCAGGACAUCGAGGACAGUCUGGCGGCUUCGUCCAUCUCUCACGCAGGGGGGCCGCAGUCCCCUGCCCGAAGCGCCGAGAACCUGCUGAAUGGCCAUCGCAGCAAGGGGCUUCUGGAUCUGGGCCGGCGGGAGGAGAGCAGCGAGGCUUGUGGAGUCUCCGUGCCAGUCAGCCUCCCGACCUCCGUUCCUCCAAACCCCCUGAAGCCCAGCAGUGUGGCCUCGUCAGCAUCGGGCUCUGCCAAACAGCGCACUUGCCUCUUUCGGGUAGAGGAGGAUGAAGAGGAAGAGGAGGAGCAGGAGCCAUCCCCACUUCCCACCCAAGUGAUCCUGCGCCGUAAGCCACCGUCCAUCACCAACCGGCUGACGUCGCGCAAGAGCGCCCCGGUGCUUAAUCAGAUCUUCGAGGAGGAAGGUGAGUCGGACGACGACUUCGACAUGGACGAGAGCCUUCCACCCAAGCUCAGCCGCCUGAAAAUGAACAUGGCGUCACCAGGUACGGCACAGAAGCGAUACCACCGGCGUAAGAGCCAGGGUCGUGGCUCUAGCUGCUCCAGCUCAGAAACCAGCGAUGAUGACUCUGAGAGCCACCGCCGACGUCUGGACAAAGAAUCCGGUUUCACGUACAGCUGGAACCGAAGGGACAGUAGUGAGGGUCCUCCAGGAAACUCUGGAGGGAAUGGAGGGGGUAGUAGUGGGGGGCAAAGCAAACCUCCAGGGGAGGGCAACUCAGGACCAGACAGAGGCAGCCCCCCUGGAGGUGGCGGCAGCAGCAACAGUGGUGGGAAUAGUGGGAGCACAGGAGGUGGAGGAGGGGGUUCAAAAGGACAGGGAAGCCCCUCCAGCUGCUCCAGUGCCAGCAACAACCCCACAUCUGGCUCUACACGCAGCGCAGCCAGGAGUGCGGGAGAGCUGGUGGAGAGCCUAAAGCUCAUGAGCCUGUGUUUAAGCUCACAGUUUCGCAGCUCGAGAGCAGGAGGUGGAGGAGGACGAUUUAUCAUCGACCCGCAGAGUCUCUCCAGCGUCAAAGUGCAAGAGAAGUCCUCUUGGAAGAUGUGCAUCGGAUCCAACAGCAGCCUGGACAAGGUGGUUGUGCCGGGCCACGCUAGAAAUAUCAGUGGCGGGUCGGUGGAGCGUUACCCGGACCAAACGUCAGUCAUGCUGAACGGACUAGGCCUAGCCAAGGAGAACAACCUGAACUUGAAAAACAACGUGCUCCAGCUACCUCUGUGUGAAAAAACCAUCUCUGUAAACAUCCAGAGGAGCCCCAGGGACGGGCUGCUUUGUACAUCUGCCCAGGCCAGCUGCUGCCAGGUCAUAUGAUGGCGGGUCGCAUGACUGGUCCUCGUAGCAGAUUGCUCCUAUCGCCAUAUUUGUAGCAUAAUGAGAACUUGAGUACACUUCUAGUAGCUGUGUUAUUACCUUUCUUGACCCUCAGCAGACCUUUGAACCUGCCACCUGCCUUCUAUGUUGUCUUAAUCAUUCUUACAACGUAUUUAUUGAGUUCCUUUCUCCUGUUUUUGACCUUUUUGGGUUUUAUGAGGUUUAUGCUGCUAGCCUUUUUCCCUUUUUUUUCUUCUUUUUUUUUCUUUUUUGAGGCGGAGGGUUUUUAGUCCCCGCUUUUUACAUUUCUCGACUUCCUGCUGAUUCUUCCCCUACCCCGUCGAUUUCUUUCCUUUUGCCUUUUAAUCUCCUGAAAUAAGUGCUUGAGAUGGAAUAAAUGGUUGGGCAUUGGCCAGUCAAACAGUGUAGAUUUCAAUGAAAUAUUUAAUAAAGAUAUAAAUAAAUAUGACAAAGGAUUAUGGAGUAGGAGACACUAGUUAAUGUGAGCACUUAGAUCCCCCCAAUAAAUGUAAAUUUAAAAAUGACGUCCCAGAUUAAAUUCCAGUUGAAAGAACAAAGCAUUCUUCAUGCCUGAUGUCUUAAACUAUAUGACCAGUUUACAAUUGAGCAAUAUGCUCAUAUGGAAAACAAAUGAUGUAAUGAUUAAAUUAUUAUACAUUGAAUGUAUAAUGGUGGUUUCAGACUUUUAAACGUCUUUCAGUUUAGCAGGAUUAUUUUUUUUAGAAUAUCACAAAUUUAUAAAUAUUUUGUUCUUUUUUAUUUUUAUGUUUUAAUUGGAUAUGUUCCAAAAAAACUAAACUGAAAAUCACUGACAAUCAGUCAGGAAAUUGAGUUGUUUUGUGUAAAAACUAGAAGAGUAUCCAUGUAACUAGGAUUUUGUCCUAAUUCUACUGACACAUUCUUGUCCUGUGGUUCAGAUGAAUAAGCUUUAGUUUCCAAACAUUAGUCUUAAAGUUUUGCAUAUAGUGUAAAGUGACACAAGACUGUCAGGUGUGAUACUGGAUUUGUAAUUGCACUCUGUGAAAUACCACCUGAAUAUAUUUAUUGUAAAAAAUACAUCCAAAGAGGUUACUUUUCAGAUCAGAGUAUCUUUUAGUUUUUGUUUGUUUGUUUUGUACUUUUUGUCUUUGGGUGCAUCCACAUGCAACUGAUCAAGAUAAUCAAGUCUGAAGAACACUGCAGUUGUACACAUGGCCCACGGGAAUGGAUAGAGUGGUAGACAGUAGAUUGUAUUGUACUGAUAUUUAAUGAAAACCAUUAAAACACCAGUGCUCCACAGCCAGGCUGUGUUCAUUUAGCCCUCAUUCUAAUGGCUUGUUCUAUUCUGAGGAAAAGGUGAAAAAUUAAGACCUGAAUAAUCCUCUUCACACUAGGAAAUGAGUUCCUAAAUGUUGUUAAGCUCUAAAUCUCAGCCCAGCUGUUUUCACCUUGGUCUUUUUUUUUUCUUUUUUUUAUGACUCCCCUUAUUUUGCAGUUCUCACUUUUGUUACUGUAUAAACCCAGUCUCCAGUUAAGAUGGGCUUUAGAUAUCUAUUAGGGUAUGUAAAUAUGUUUUUAAAGUUUUAGUUUAAAAGGACUGCUGAUUUUUAAAAUGCUGUGUUGAGUGCAGGCGUUGGGUUGGGUUUAGAGUUAAAAGUCAUGCUGGUGUGUCACCUGGCAGCCUGGCUCCAGAUAUUCUUGAAACCUUAGCGAUCUUCAUGCGUGUGGCCACUCUUUCAGGAAAUACAGCGUCAGGAGUUGGCCUGUGAAUGACCAUCACCUGGUCCAGAGGGGUUGAGAUGAAGGCUAGAAAGCUAGAAAAGGCCCAUGCCGAACCAGAGCAGAGAGAGGUAGGGUAAGAGAUUUUAAGGGCAUUGGCAAUAAGCUAUAAGUUGCAGCUAUUUGUAAAUAUACAUAUUUUUGUUUUAUAUUUCAUAACAUGUACAGCCUUAGAAUGGCUCACUUGACCGAAAAAAAAGAAGACUAUCUUGAGUAUUUUUGUUUUUCUUUUUAAACAAUAAGGUCUGUAAAUAUAGAUGUAAAUAUGGUGCUCUCUAUAGAACUGCAGUGUUGGCCAUCUGGUUCAUAGCUGUAAUAUAGCCUUAUUAGUUAUGAGUGUCUCAAAGAAAUUUAGCAAAGUCAAAAAAAGAAACCAGUGCUAUAUUCAUAAUGUCAGUCUGAGACUUUUGUCCUACCCUGAUGUAAACAGGUAAAAUGACAUGUGCAUGUGUUGUACGUUUGACAUAAUUGAUCCACGUAUGUUGAGAGGGAAAAAGAACCACCACAAAAAUGUUACUGGACCAAAACCAUGUACUGACUUAAAAAGAAGAAAACGACAGUUUAAAAAACAAAAUGAAUAAAUGUUCUGUUGUUGAAACUUGUCCUCAAAAGUUACAUAUAGCUAUGGUAAUGUCCAAAAUUAAAUGUUGUGAAAAAUGUCUUUA